AUGACAUCUGAAAAUGGCCUUGUCCCGGGCCCGGAUCUAAAGGAGGAGGCAGAAGGCUUCGAGGCCACGUCCAGCCGAAAACCUGCCGACGCACAGGCCGAGCAUGCGACUGAUGCUGACAGCAGUACCUCGGGUCAAGCUGAGAAGGUUCGGUCUGAUGGCAAGCGAGAGCUGACAGAGGAGGAUUGUUAUGAUAAACUGGGAUUCUGCUUCCCCCGGUACAAGAAAUGGGCCAUCUUGACGGUCAUCUUUACCGUGCAAAUGUCCAUGAACUUCAACAGCAGCGUGUACCCCAACGCAGUAGAGCCUCUCUCUAAGCAUUUCGAUAUCAGCGAGCAGGCUGCUCGAGUCGGCCAGAUGAUCUUCUUAGUCGCAUACGCCUUCGGGUGCGAACUCUGGGCACCCUGGAGCGAGGAGUUUGGGCGCUGGCCGAUCAUGCAGCUCAGUCUCUUCCUCGUCAACAUCUGGCAAAUUCCUUGUGCGCUGGCCCCCAACUUUGGCACGAUCGUCGUCUGCCGUGCCCUGGGUGGUCUUAGCUCCGCCGGUGGCUCCGUCACGCUGGGUAUGACUGCUGAUAUGUGGGAGGCUGAUGAUCAAGGGUUCGCCGUCGCCUAUGUGGUGUUGUCGUCGGUUGGUGGCACAACUAUUGGUCCUAUCUUUGGUGGCUUAAUCCAGUCCUACCUCCCCUGGCAGUGGAACUUUUGGAUCCAAUUGAUCUUCGGCGGUGUCACUCAGCUUGCACACUUGCUGUUCGUAAGCGAGACUCGAGCGACUAUUCUCGUCGAUAGGGAGGCCAAGCGGCGCCGGAAGACGGGUGAAGAUCCGAACGUUUAUGGACCGAGUGAGCUGGCGGAGAACCGGCUGAGCUUCAAAGAGAUUAUGCGAGUCUGGCGCCGCCCGUUCGAAAUGUUCCUGCGCGAGCCCAUCGUGCUCUUCCUCUCGCUGUUGUCUGGCUUCUCCGACGCACUAAUAUUUACUUGCAUCGAGUCUUUUACAUUGGUAUUUAAGCAGUGGAAGUUCAAUGCGUGGCAGAUUGGUCUCUGCUUCAUCUCGAUCGUCGUCGGUUAUCUCGUCUCAUACUGCAUCUUCGUGCCGGAUGUGGCCCGCCAGCACCACGUUCGGAAGUCCUUGGGUGACACCGCCCGUCUCCCGGAGCGGAGGUUGCUCAUUUUGCUCUUCAUUGCGCCUCUCGAGACCAUCGGCCUGUUCGGUUUUGCGUGGACAUCGAUGGGACCAGAGUAUACGCCUUGGAUUGUACCUCUGAUCUUUAUCUUCCUCAUCGCGGUUGCCAAUUACGGUAUCUACAUGGCGACGAUCGACUACAUGGUGGCAGCCUACGGACCUUAUUCUGCCUCUGCUACUGGGGGGAACGGGUUUGCACGAGACUUCCUUGCAGGUAUUGCCGCCAUGUACGCAACACCCAUGUACUCGAAUAUCGGAGGCAAAUUCCACCUGCAGUGGGCCAGCACUAUCUUGGGCUGUAUCGCCAUUUUUGUGACUAUUCCCAUCUACGUCUUCUACUGGAAGGGACCGCAGAUCCGCGAGGCCAGUAAGUUUGCGCAGACGCUGGCUGCCGACCGGGCUCGAAAUGCCGGCCGGCGAGUGAGUCGAGCCAGUAAGAGCGAGCUCGACGUCCUGGGCCCGUAG